AUGGGGCGCUGCUGCUGAGCGGGCUGCUGCUGCUUGAGGAGUGGAUGGGUAUCAGUCAGUGAGUGGUCCUGUUUCGGUGUAAGAGUGAAAUUCACAGGACUGCUCUAAGAUGUCUUACAGAAAGGAGCUGGAGAAAUACCGAGACCUGGAUGAAGACAAGAUUCUUGGUGCCCUGACGGAGGAGGAGCUCAGGAAGCUGGAGAAUGAACUGGAAGAGCUGGAUCCUGAUAACGCAUUGCUACCAGCAGGGCUCAGACAGAGGGAUCAGACACAAAAGCCACCAACCGGCCCGUUCAAAAGGGAAGAACUCAUGGCCCACCUGGAAAAGCAGGCAAAAGACGUUAAAGACAGAGAAGACUUGGUUCCUUUCACAGGCAAAAAGAGAGGGAAAGCUUGGAUCCCCAAGGAGAAGCCGAUGGAUCCUGUUCUGGAAAGUGUGACUCUGGAGCCGGAGCUGGAGGAAGCCCUCGCUAAUGCCUCUGAUGCAGAGCUCUGUGACAUUGCUGCCAUCCUUGGCAUGCACACCUUGAUGAGUAACCAGCAGUACUACGAGGCACUGGGGAGCAGCACUAUUGUGAACAAAGAAGGGCUUAACAGCGUGAUUAAACCCACGCAGUACAAGCCAGUUCCUGAUGAGGAGCCAAACUCAACGGACGUGGAAGAAACUCUGAAACGAAUACAGAACAACGAUCCUGACCUCGAGGAAGUCAACUUUAACAAUAUUAUGAAUAUUCCCAUACCAACUUUAAAAGCCUGUGCUGAAGCACUGAAAACUAAUACCUAUGUGAAGAAGUUCAGCAUAGUUGGAACGAGGAGCAACGAUCCUGUUGCUUUCGCGCUGGCAGAAAUGCUGAAGGUCAACAACACGCUGAAGAGCCUGAAUGUGGAGUCAAACUUCAUCUCUGGGUCUGGCAUCCUUGCUCUCGUUGAAUCACUCCAGGGUAACACAACCCUGGUGGAGCUUCGGAUUGACAACCAGAGCCAGCCCUUGGGCAACAACGUGGAAAUGGAAAUUGCAAACAUGUUGGAAAGAAACACCACCCUGCUGAAGUUUGGGUACCAUUUCACCCAGCAAGGUCCCCGGCUUCGUGCGUCCAAUGCCAUGAUGAACAACAACGACCUCGUGAGGAAGAGGAGACUUGCGGAGCUGAAUGGGCCUAUUUUUCCCAAGUGCAGAACUGGAGUGUAAUUCCUGGCUACGGAGGUCAUCCCCAGUGAUCUGUGCUACACUGUGGAAAGCCAAAGGCAAAAGUGCCUUGACAGAGUAUGUGUGGUGCCUCACUUCUGUUUUAUGCACUAGCAGUUUAAGUUAAGUAGCGGCUGUAGUUGAAGAUUUUAAUUCAGUAGGACUGUUGGUGUUUUCUGUAGAGUUGGAAACUAUUCAAGCCAGUAACAACCUGACAAUUUUAUGCAAUCUCAGUUUAGAGUGCAUCCCAGUGUAAAAGUGACUUAAUUACCCUGGGACCUACCUUUUCUAUAAACUUUCUGCACGGUGUUUCAUAUAGUUAGGAUGUGAUAUGCAUGAGUGAAAGAUUCAACUGUUUCACACAAAUUACAGAAGUAUUAAAAAAAUACUUUAUUUUUUUUUCAAAAUUGAUCUCAAAUAUCUAUAGAGGAGCAACUAGUUUAACAAGCACUUCUGCUAUCCAGAAACAUGGCUGAUUUCAGGAAUUGUGAAUUGUUAAUUUUUUCCUGACAUUUGCUGAGUCAAUUAGCUGGAGAUGCUGUAUCAAACGCAUCCCUGUGUUUCUUACAAAAGAUUGACUCCCUACCCUUAUCCCCCCAUUUAAAUUUAAAUUAAGGCCACCAAUUACAAAAUAAGACUCGAAAACUGAUGUUGGAGGAUGGGUUAAUAUUGUUCUGUCCUGUGCAUGUCUGAAUAAAAACUUCAGCUUUAUAGAGACCUGAUGCAAACACCAAGUCCCCAGAAAUAGCCAAGCUAAUCAGUAAAUGACAGUCCUCUCUUCUAGCCCCCAACCCUCUCAGUUACACUAUGUUAAAAAUGUGUGUCCAGAUUUUCACUGGAAAUGAGUCAAAUCCUCUCUCCAUUGCUUUGUUGAGAUGAUCCUGCUCACUAAAUUCUGUUAGGCUAGGCAUUGUUUUGCUUGCUCUCCCCCCUAACAUCUGCAUAUAUACAACACUGAACACUGCACCCUUGGAAAGCUGCUAACAGAAAUAUCCUGACUGUGACCUUAUGCUGUGUGCAGCCUGGCAGCUUUUUGUCAGCCUACCACCCAUCCUCUAGCCCGGGAGCAAUUCCCCCAGGAACACACAGCUCCCAGGCAAGCUGUGGAUCAGACCCAGGACUGUCCCAUCUGAAAUGCCUGCUGUUACCAUGGCUGGGAUCCUGAUUGGUACAAAGACUUGCCUGGCACAAGUGUUGCAGUACUAAAGCCUUAUUCUUGGUCUGAUGAAAACAUAGCCUAGCAAAUCCAAUAGAAUUUGUCUGUAUACGUCUGUUAAGAGUAAAGUUCUGCAGCCUCUUGCACAUACUCCAGGAAAGCCCCCAGAUUUCUACAGAGCUUGUGCACAAAUACGAUUUGGCUCUGAAAAAUAAAGCAGAGAAACACUAUACUGUCAGCAAUGUGGGAAACAUACUUGUUGCUCUUCAAAUCUUAAUAAAUAUGCCAAUGAUGCCAAAUGAAA